CAAGACUUGUGUGUAAUUAUCAAUCCUCGUACAUUAAUCAUUUCCUAAAGUAGCAUGUGAUGCGACAGACUUUUGCGAUACUUCUUUUAUACUUUUUAUAAAAGAGAAAAAAGAAAAAAAAUUGAAUAAAUAAAUCGUAACAAACUUUGUAUUGUGUUGUGUAGUGUUGUUUGUUUUUGUUAGGACCGAAUUAAUAUGGUUCUUUCACUUCACCCAAAAAAAAAGAAAAGAAAAGGAAAAUGCAAAAACAACUAUUCCUAGACAAAGACUUAACGGGCUCUCUGCUCCGCUCCGCUCUGCUCUGCUCUGCUGGAGAAACUGCAAAUGAAUUCUAUCUUAAUUAUCACCGAAAACUUGGGAACAAACAAACAAACCAACCAACCAACCACAACAUCUCCUUCCAGCCUUAGGGGUGCACCUAAUCAUUUAUAAGCAUCCGUCCCUUCUCUUGAAUGGAUCCUCGUACAAGUAGUAUUUUGCAUAUCCCUUAGCUUUCUUGAAAUCAAGCAAAACAAAUCUAACCCUGCCGUGCAUCCGCUCGCGUGGAAGGCAGUUGAGGGAAGAUGAACGGCAGCGUUAAUAUCACAAACAACAGCUAUUGCGUGGCUUUGCCCCCGAAAAUCAGUUCCAAGGGUAUCGGGGUGCCCGGGUAUCUGAAGGGCCAUGUGCUGCAAUACGGGUUACCACAGUUGGAGCUCCAGAUGAUCACCAUCUUCGUCCUCACACACGUCUGUCAUUUCAUCCUCAAACCUUUCCGCUUACCCGUCUUCGUCUCCCAGCUACUCGUAAGUAGUCUCUUCUCUUCCACUACUCUAAGUAUCCUUCCCUACGCCUGUAUGUUUGCACGCUGCGAAUGAAAAAUUACAUUAAUCUAACCAAUUUUACUCGUAUAAUAUAAUUACUCACUCUGCCCUUUCUUGCCCAACACGUCACCGACUAAUCAGCGUGCUUCUCGUUUCGUCUCUGAUUGAGCAGAGUGGAUUUAUUCUAGGCCCGAGUAUAUUGGGGAGACACGAUCUGGUGAGGAAGUUUCUGUUCCCAAAGUUCAAUGAGAUGGGGUCGCACGCGCAGGAGAUCUCCGAUGCAAUGGAGAUGUUUGGCUACACGCUCUUCCUGUUCCUGAUCGCGGUGAAGAUGGACAUGGGCAUGCUCCAACGUGUGGGACGGAAGUCGUGGGCCAUUGGGGUCACCUCGCUCAUCGCCCCAAUCCUGGUGGCCACGGCCACCCUCACAGCCUACUCGAGGAUGCAUAAGCCUGCCAAGAAGGACUUCGAAGAGCUCUCCUUCAUCUCCAUCGAGCAGUCGCUCACGUCCUUCCCCGUCAUAUCCUGCCUCCUCAGCGACCUCAAGCUCAGUAACACGGAGCUGGGACGGCUUGCCCUGUCCUCCUCCUUGGUCAGCAAUAUCCUUGGGAUCCUGCUCGUGUUCUCGACCUCCACUACCAGAAUGGCACCGAGCAGGGCCUUCAGGGACAUCUUACUGACGAUCAUUUUCCUGCUCAUGACCGUGUUUGUACUCCGAGCAGCCAUGAAAUGGAUUGUCAGGCAUACCCCGGAGGGACGUCCCGUCAAGGAAAUUUACCUACAAGGCAUCCUGUUCCUCGCUAUCUCCUCUGCCCUGUACUCCAACUUCGCUGGCCAGACCAUCCUCCUUGGCCCUCUUCUGCUGGGGCUGGCCGUGCCAGACGGACCGCCGCUGGGGUCUGCCCUAGUGAACAGGCUGGAGUCCUUCUUCACGGGGAUCCUCCUGCCUGUCUACGUGACCUCCACAGUUGCAAACACAGACCUCGAUGUGCUUGUGUUGGAGAUAAAGAGAAUCCCGAUUGAGGCUGCCGUAAUCUUCAUCGUUUUCGUGGCCAAAAUGGUGGGAUCUAUUCUUCCCCCAUUGAUCUGCAAGAUGCCGUUCAAUGAUUCCCUAGCACUUGCCGCGAUCCUGAGCUGCAAAGGCGUUGUGGAACUGGGCACUUACAGGUUCCUACACGGCCAGGAGGGCCUCGCUGACAGGAUUUACUCUCUGGCGAUUGUAUCCGUCUUUAUCUCUGCGACUCUCACCCCGAUCCUAGUCAGGUGGCUCUUCGAUAGCUCAAGGAAGUAUGGGGGAUACCAGACAAGGGACGUCAUGCACCUGAAGCCGGACAUGGAGCUCCCUGUGGUCACCUGUAUUCACACCCCCGACAACAUUUCGUCUGUCAUAGGCAUGCUCGGCUGCCUCAGCCCAGCAGCGGAGAGCCCAAUCGCGGUCAAUGCCAUCCACCUGGUGAAGCUGGUGGGCCAGGCCACCCCGGUGCUGAUAUCCCACCAGCAGCAGAAGAGAAUCGAGAGCAAGUCCUAUUCCGAGGACAUGAUCCUGGCCUUCACCAACUACGCGCGCAACAACAUGGGUGCGGUUCAUGUGAACUUGUUCACAGCCAUCUCCCCGGCCAAGCUGAUGCAUGAGGACGUGUGCUAUAUUGCACUCGACAAGCUGACCUCCCUGAUCAUCCUCCCGUUCCACUGCAAGUGGUCCUGCGUUGACGGUGAAUUGGAGUCGGAGGACAGCGCCGUACGGGCCAUGAACAUGGCAGUGCUGCAGCGGGCUCCAUGCUCAGCGGCCAUACUCGUAGACCGGGGCAACCUGGGGCAGGCUGCCACGAAGCCGCACUUCCAAGUGGGGAUGUUCUACAUAGGGGGGGAUGACGACAGGGAGGCGCUGGCCCUGGCAAAGAGGAUGGCUCGGGGCCCGGGGCUGGUGUUGACGGUGGUACACCUGUGCGAGGAGGAGGGAGGGAGGUCCAUCAGACUGGAUGAGGUGAUGGAGGAUGAGGUGUUGAGGGAUGUGAGGGAGAACGCAGCGGGGCCUAACGUGAUGUACAAGAGGGAGGUGGUGCGGGACGGGCCGCAGUCGGCGCUGCUCAUACGGUCCAUGGUGGACGAGUUUGACCUGAUCAUGGUGGGGCGGAGGUACGGGAUGGAAUGCACGCAGACAUCGGGGCUAGGCGACUGGAACGAGGUGGACGAACUGGGGGUGCUGGGAGAUCUAUUAGCCUCGGCGGAUCUCCACACGGAUGCGUCCCUCUUAGUUGUUCAACGACAACAGAGGCACUAGCAUCGUAAUAAUAUAUAGGAGAUUAAUGGAAUGUUACUUCUAAAUUCUUUUCUUUUCAUUUCUUUUCUUUUUAGCAUAAAACGAUCGAAUAGGUUAAUUAAUAUAUAUAUAUAUAUAUAUAUAUGUACAUAGAUAGCCACUUUUUUAAAAAUAUAUACAUACGAAAGUACUGGAUGUACAUAUCUAUGCUAUCUCUAUACAUAUAUAUAUAUAAAUAAAUGUGAGGUGUUUUCAAUACUUUCAUAAUCCCCAAAAUACCCUUAACCAUUUCUCUCUCUCUCUCUCUAUAUAUAUAUAUAUAUCUAUAUAUAGAAACCCCUGUUUCAACACAUCGAAACGCCUCUGCCAGUCUUCCAAGCAAGCAACCAAAAAAAAAAAAAAAAAAAGGAGUCUCUGCCAGCCAGCCUUUCCCCCUUCGCUUCCACUGUUUCACCGUUUUACCACUUUCCCUUCCCGCGCCCCUUCCUUCAAAAUCCGUUGCUUUGCGCAGAUUACUCCUGCGUCCUGCCCAACGGACUUCUCCCAUGGCCAAACGCCCUUCUUGCCGACUCCGCCACUGCCUGCUUGGCCCUAUGCUGACCCGUCAAACUGCUGCCCCACACUGACCCCAUUCAACCGUUUGUGCCUAUUCACCGACUUCCUAAUCGUGGCUCUACACACAUUGACCGCCCAAUCUCCCUUCUUCCGCUCUCUCUUUCUUGUUUGGUACCCAAAUCAUCUCUGUCUGCUAAUUGCUGGAGGACCAAUCUACCUAAUAUAUACAAGCAGCCCACGAAUGUACGUUCAGGAAACUCUCUCUGUAUUUUCCUCCCAAUUUAUUUAAUUCUCUUCCUUUUGGCAUCCUACCAAUUUCUGCCGUCCUUUGUUACCCAUAUUGCACUCGAUCGUAUGUAAUGUGUGCCCUCUGCUUUUUCGAUGAUUCCUUCAUGUAGUUUGAUGUAAUUAUCCUCUUGCCACUAUGUAUAGUAAGUGCUCGAUAAAAUGCUUGUAUGAUGUCAUAUAUGAAACUGUCCUCUUGUAUGUGCAGCCUCUCUUAUACGCUUUUGACAUAUGCUUACCGACAUUCAAUCCUGUCCUUGUGAUAUUCUGAAUCUUUUCAAUAGAUAGGCCCCCCCUUCUUUUUUCUCUCUCUCUCUCUCUCUCUCUCUAGGAUUAAACAUGUUCUAAAACUCGUGAUAAUUGCAUUAUUAUCAAUAAUAUUGUGUUUUUUUCUUUUUCGCCUUUCAGUGAAGUGAGAGAAUAAGAUCACACAAUUUUACUAA